AUGAACGAUAAUGGUGACAAAGAUAACGAAGACUAUACCUUCUUUAAUCCUCCAUUAUGGAAACAAAGACGAUGUUUGGCAAAUGAAAUACUGAAAAAGCAUAAAAUAACUUCGGUGUUGGACUUUGGCUGCGGCGAAGGAGCCUUUAUCUCCUUUUUAGUGCCAUCUUCUGAAGAGAAACCAAUAAUACGUCUUGCCGGUUUAGAUAUAAAUUUGGAAAUUCUGCAAAAUACCUUGGAAGCUUGUCGUCCUUGGGAACAGGACUAUGAAUUUUUAAGAUUGUCUCCGUUGACUAUUGAUAUAUAUCAGGGUAGCGUUGAUGUAGCUGAUAGGAGAUUAUGCGGAUAUGAGGCAAUUGUAUGCUUGGAAGUAGUGGAACAUCUUGAUCCGCCGGUUCUUGAUAAAUUCUUUGAGAUAGUCUUAGGAACAUAUAAACCUAAAAUUUUGAUAGUAUCAACACCUAAUGUUGAAUUCAAUAAAUACUUUCCACAGCUGAAAUAUGGAACACCCGAAGCAACUCUUCGUAAUGAUGAUCAUCGUUUUGAAUGGACUCGUCAAGAGUUUCAGGAUUGGAGCAAAGCAGGAGCAUCUAAAUAUAGCUAUUCAGUUGAAUUUGAUGGUGUUGGACGACUAAAAAGUAGCGAUCAUGAAAUUGGACACGCAACCCAAUUUGCAUUCUUUAAAGACUUGCAAGUUGACGCAAAGCCUAUGCAUUCUUCCUUUGGAGAAUAUCAACUCGUUGAGCACAUUGUAUUUCCACAUUAUGAUGAACCAGAGAAAACUUAUGAAGAAAUUAUUGGAGAAAUUGAUUAUUACAUGCAAUAUCUUUGUGAUAACCCUGAUUAUAAUUCUGCUGCUGCUGUUGCUAUAAGGAAUAGUUCUUCGGCUUCCGUUACUAUAUCAAACAAUGAUAGUAUUGAUAGUAAUUAUGUAAAUUUUAACGAACUAUGGGAUAUUCACAGAAUUCGACAAGUCUGUAAAUCUCGCGAGAAGUUAUACGAAACAUUAAAUGCUUGCCCAUAUUUCACUGUGAUCGACAGCGAAUUGAUACAAGUUCAUAAAGAAUAUAAACUUGACGCGGAACCGCAGGAUGAAAUUAAUAAUGAUCUCAAAGGAUCGGGUUUCUUUAAUGAUGACGAAGAUGGAUGCUGUUAUUCGGAAUCGAGUAAUCAAUCGAAUGAAUAUGAAUGUGAUUCAAAUCGUAGUAGUGUAUCAUCUUCGACACAAAUUUUAGAAGAGAGUGAUAAUGGACCAUCAGCUUAUACAUGGGAUACAAAUGACGAUAAUCUGUCUCAUACACAAGCUUGGGAUAUAGACGAGGAUAAUACAUCUCCAUCGCAAACAACAUGGGAUAUUGAUGAGAUUAGAGCAUCGAAUAUGCAAACAAAUGAUGGUAAUUUAUCAUCAUCAUCUACUAUACAAAAUUCUCCCACCAUCACUAUCUCUAAUAUUACUGCUACAAUUGAAAGUUUACAAAUAUCAGCAAAAACCAAAGAUGAAAAAGGAAUAGAUAAAGAGGAUAUUUUUAAAAUAUGUCAUAUUCAAACAAGCAAUG